AUGAUGAAAGUUGAUAAAGAUAGUAGGCCAUAUUAUCUUAGCGGAUUCCAUUGGACAGCGAUGUAUGCGAGGGCCAGAGAUUACAGGAAGGAGCUGUUCCAUGUCUGCUGUCAACCAAACAUUCGCACCUGGAGAACCGAGAAAGCCAUUGAUUUAUCGAAUCCAGUGAAACUUGGCGAGGGAACAUUUGGAGAAGUCUUCUUGGUCAAAUUUGAAGCAAAAACCGUUGCCUUGAAGAUUAUUCCUGUUGGCGGUAAGAAACUGAUUAAUGGUGAUCGGCAAAAGACAUUUCGUGAAAUUGUCGCUGAAUUGAUCGUUUCAAAAGAACUUUCGGAUUUGAAUCGCUAUGAAGAUGGCUUUUCAACGGAGGGCUUCAUUAGGCUCAUGGGAACUGCUGUUGUUAAAGGAAUAUAUCCAAAAACAUUAGUAAAAGCAUGGGAAGAGUAUGAUGAGCAGUACAAAUCCGAAAACGAACAUCCA